AUGGCUGCUCUGAGUAGACGGUUGUGGCCUUUGCGGCUGGUCUUGGCGGCCGCUUUGAGCCUGUUUGGACUGAAUGCUGCCUGGUCAGGGACCGCGAGAAGAAGGGUCAUCUCUGUGGGGCGGAGGGCGGCUGACUCCAUUGCCAGCUGUGGCUUGAUGCUGCCCAUUGGACCGCUGUGCCCCUUCCGCUCAGAGUUCUGGAGCAGCGAGGCCUUUUCUAAGGUGGCGGAGAUGGAUGCCAGGCGGCCAAGGGCCAUGGAGCUCAUGACCAAGAUGCAGCGUGGGAUGAUCUCCCCGGAGGAGCAGCUGGAGCUCAGCAAAGCCAUGUGCGAGUCCAACGACUUUUGGCUGGCCAACCAGCUGCGGCUCCGCUACGCGGAGGACUUCCAGGGCAUCGAGGCCUUCAAGAUAACCGAGGAGCGCAUCACCGCGAGGGGCGUGACCAUUGACAUGAUGGAGGCGCUUGUGCGCUGGAACUCCGAGUGGAUGUCGGCCAUGGCGGAGAAGCGGCCACCGCCGCCCCCGCCACCGGGGAUGGACAUCACCAAGAUGCAGCAGAUUGGCAAUGUGGAUACCGAGUUGCCCAUGGCCGAAAUGGCGAUUCCCUUUCCCUUCCUGGAUGGCAGCAAAGCCCUGAAGAGCGACUUGGUGCAAGAGGAGCUCUCUGCCCUGACCAGGGAUCAUGAGAAUCUCAUCCGCUUCGGCAACAAGUACGGGUCCUUCGACCCGUUGGGGAAGGAGGCCUUCCUUGACCAAGUGGCUCUGAUCCAGGAGAGGUGGCAAGUGUUCAUGACCCGCUUCGAGCUGAUGGGCGAACUCAAUCCGGAGUUUGUGGCAGCAUCAAAUCGCUACUUCAUGCGAGGCAAGAUGAGUGCCCAGGAGUUCAACAGCUUGGUCCACAGCGCCCAAGAGCGCAUGCGGGCAGACGCGCAAGCGGAGCGAAUGAGCUGA